GAGAACUGAUUUGGAUCAUCACUGUUUUGUUUCAUCUGAAUUGUAAGAUAAAUUAGUUAAUGUUUUCCUUGCCAUCAAAAAGAACAAACUAAAGAGACCACGACAUGAAUGUAGUAGAACAUUCACUAUUCAGUCCUUUCGCUGCAUUUGCCCGUGAAUUAUGAUUUUAAGGUUACUUGACUUGAGAAAGAUGUUGACGAUGUGGCCUGUCGACGUAUACGCUUUGACUGAAUUGCUGAAGGAGAGAUUAAACUAGAUAACCAUACUGGUCUGAUUAAACUCUACAGCUAUACUGGUCUGAUGAAACUAGACAACUAUAUUGGUAUGAUUAAACUAGAUAGAUAAACUGUUCGGAAGUAAUUUCCGUUGGUAUCAACCUACCGUUGUUGCACCAGUAAUGACACUGCUAUUGUGCAAGCCUCUUAAAACAAAUGAAACAAUGAAUCUUAAGUGAUCUUAUCAAACACAUUUGUCAUACACAGGCUACAUACGCCAUUGUCCAUAAAAUAUCACAAUGUCAUUAGCUGAACAGUCGCAGAAGUGGUUCCCCACUCACGUUCAGGUAACAGUUCUCCAAGCAACAAGCCUGCAGCCCAAAGGCAAGAAUGGCACUAAUGAUGCCUACACUAUUAUCCAGCUGGGUAAAGAGAAGUACUCUACCUCAGUGGCAGAGAAGACCCUGAGUCCAGUGUGGAGAGAGGAAGCUUCAUUCGAACUGCCAGGAUUGCUAAUGGAGGGAAACCCAGAGAUUUAUGAAUUAUGUCUUGUAGUGAUGCACAGAUCUCUGGUUGGGAUGGAUAAAUUCCUUGGCCAGAAGAACAUCAACCUUAAUGAGAUAUUUGACAACAAGGAGCGGCGAAAAGUAAACUGGUAUGCCCUGGACUCCCGUGCUGGCAAGAAGAAGAAAGAACGGGGAAAGAUCCAGGUGAGCAUCCAGUUCAUGCGGAACAACCUGACAGCCAGCAUGUUCGACCUCUCCAUGAGGGAGAAGCCUCGCUCACCCUUUUCCAAGCUCAAGGACAGGAUGAAGGGUCGCAAACACGACGGCACUUUCUCAGACACCUCCUCCGCUAUCCUUCCGCGCUCGGCGCAGUGCGACCCCAUCCCCCAGAGUGGCGCUGCUGAGCAAACCCAGGCUGGACCACUGCGGCCUGGACCCAAACGCUCACUCCUGGCUGGGACCCAGAAGCUCUCUGUUGCACACUCCAUGUCUGACCUGACCGGCAGCCACUUUAGACCCAAGGUGGACUCCACGGGCUCCAUAGCAGAGAGUGGUGGUGCAUCACCCCACAGGCGCUCACAGAGUGAGGUGCCCGGACACCAGGUUGACACCGGUGCUGGAGACCCCUUCCCUGACAUGGGAGAACACAUGCCACAGAAAUACGCCACACUGCCCCGCAAUCGCAACCCCUUCGAAGGAGAGCAGGGUGUGGCAUGGGAGCGGGCUGAGUGCAGGGACAGGAGGGAGAAGUUCAGCCUCCUGGAGCGUGUUACAGGGAAGAAGGAGGGCCGCAAGGUGGGCAGCGGGGGCCAUGCAGGCAGCUCGGGUGACCUCCGCUCACCCAACCCUUUUGACCCUGAGUUGGGUGGUGACACCAACCCCUUCCUCCCACAGUACAUGCCCAGUGAUGGCAUAAAAAAGCCCAUCAGCAAUGAAGACUUAAGCCACAAGAACAAGACCUCUCCUGAGAGGACACAGGGCAAGAAAACUGCCAGGGAGAAUGCCCAGGACCUCCAGGCCACCAGGGCAGCAUACUUGAGUCUGUCAUUUGAGGAGGUCGUGCAGGAGCUGAUGAAGCAGAAAGAAAUGGUGCGAAAGAAGGAUGCCCACAUCCGCGAGCUGGAGGACUACAUUGACAACCUGCUGGUGAGAGUGAUGGAAGAAACACCCAGCAUCCUGAGGACACCAUAUGAGCCCAAGAGGAAGGCUGGCAAGAUCUUUAAGAAGUAGAGAUGAGCUUCAUACUGAUAUCACCACAGUCACAAAAAUCUGCAAGAAGAGGAGAUGAACUUCAUACUGGUACAGCCAGUUUCAGGAAGAUCUCCAAGAAGUAGAGAUGAACUACGUAAUGGUACGACCACCGUCACAGUUGAUCUGCAAGAAGUGGAGAUGAAAGUGGAAGAAAAAUACUGAUUACAAGCAGUCUUGUAAUUCUUACUAGGUUACAAGUAACCUUUGAUAACUUAAGAUUGUCAGACCUUUUAAAAUCGGUUACAGUUUGUAAGAUGAAGGACCACACAGAUCUGUCUAAAUAGAGCCAGUUACACUGUAAAUGAAAGCUGCCUAAUGCAGAUUGCAUAAAAGUAUGGGUUAAGCUUAACCCUAGUGUGGUUAUCUAUUAUAGAUGGAGGUUAUUUGUCACAGACUGUAUCAAUCUGUUAUAGACUGAGUUCUGUACACUGAUGCUUGUGACCACCUUGGACUCUCACACAUUUAAAAUUUAUUUGUAGUAACCUAUAGAAAAACAUAAUUUGUACAAAGGAGGCCAAUGUCAUAAUCAUGCCAAGAACUAACUGUGUCCUCACUGGAAUUGAGCUGAUUAUAUACUGUUGUGUGUUCUAAACUCAGCAAUGUGCAGAACGCAGGAAGAGCAAAUAUUUGGAACCUUUACAGUUUAGAAGUCCCUCUGCAGGUGGAGCUUGUCUUCACAAGACUGGAGAUUCAUAGCCAUGCGUGCUGCAAGUCUUCGAUCAAAGCUUUAGAUUUUGUCAUAAUAGAAAGAGAGUUGGUGCAGUUUACUGCCACUCUAUUGGCCAUCAUAUGUUUGAUAACAGGGUUACUACUCUGACCCUCUGCUGGAGUGUCUACACUGUGUUUGACAGUGGAAUUCCAACCUGUCUGCCAUAGUGACGUCCAUUUCCUUGGUAACUGAAUAUUACAUCACUGCUGUCAAUGUGUCACAAGUUACAGAAUGUCAUCUUAUCACUACUGUCACUAAUUUCUAGUGAUGAUCAUUUGAGCUGGUACUGUAAUUUGGUUUGGUUGGAGUCUAGGUCAGGAAUGAAUACUAGCUAACUGGUACUUGUGUUUUGAAUUGUUAUUCAUAAAAUACUGGACUGAUAUACAGUCACACUACUAAGUAUUUAAUUCUAGGCAUACUUACAGUGACCAUGUUAAAACAAAGAGAUACAUGACAUGCAGCAGUGACGUGCUCAGUUUCUCAAUCAUUCUUGAUGUUUCUCAGCAAAGCCUAUACUCAGUAAUGUGAAAAUAUAGUUAAUUUAUUUAUAACUUGUUGCUACAAAUAUACUAAUUACAGCUGAUGAUGAUUUGGGACGAGAAGGGUACAUUUCAUCAGCCUGUUAAUAAGGUUUAAAUUCAUUACAGUACACAAUGAAGUGAACUGUAGGCUAGGACAGUACUUUUAAGUUGGGGGGAAAUUGUUUACAGAUUGUUUUAUAGUGCACUGCUACGAGAUAAAAAAAGUUAUCUUCAGAGUUUGGUGUUACAUUGUAUUUGAGCCAACUCAGCGUUUCUUGAUCUGCCAAAUGAAUGUUGAAGUUCAUUUUAUUUUAACUCAGCAAACAAACACCAAGCACUACUUUAAUACUUAGCAGCUGCAUGGGGUAGGACUUAAGGGACCAACUCCAGAACCUGUGCUCGUAGCUCACUGCUGAGAUGGUGGUUUGAGGAACACAUAAAAUAGUUGGCUAACUGCCUGUGGGUGAACUACAGAAAGGAUUAGGGUACUACAGAAAGCUGGACUUCAGCUAGAUAGAUACAUUCCCACCUAAAUUGCCAACAGUCUAAUAUGUAAGGUUUUUAUAAGUAAGCCUCAGUCAUUGAGUGUCAUUACAGUUUUUGCAUUGAAAAGUACAGGAUGAGUGUGCAUGUAGGCUUUGUGAACAAAGCCAUCUGUCUAAAUUAAGUCAGCCUGUAUGCUAUCAGAGAGCAGAGGUGGGCAGUGGUGGCUCGGAGGUUGUGGUGCUUGGCUUGUGAUCAGGAGGUUCCUGGUUCAAGCCCAGCCUCUUCUGGGUUGUCACUGCUGGGCCCCUGAGCAACCGACAUUAAUGGCAUGGUAGUCUGCGGUGGUAUUCUGUUCUCUUGUGUGUUGGUUGGUUAGAGCAGAAGUUUCCACUUUUAAAAGUGUCCCCCCUUAUAUGAUCUCUCCCCGUGAUGAGAGCUUCACUACUGUCAGGAAUAGAGCUGUUUCUUGCAGUAUUACAAUGAAUUCAUAAGUAAUCCAGGGUAAGUUGGGCCUAACCUAAGCCUGUGUUAACAAGGCCUAACCCAGUCCAAACACACUGUAGGCAGGCCUACCUAAGCAUAAAAAGGUAACCAAUUGAAAUCAACCUCUAUUUAAACUCAGAAAUACAUUGAGGUAGAGCUCUCAUAAGUUCUUCUUAGUAAACAUUUUGUUUAACAUGCUGUAACACCAGGUAUUAUAGCACAACUCUCAUUAGUAAUUUAGCCUGUUCAGUAUGGAGUCAGAUCUACCCACCCCCCGACUCUGUUCUGUGGUGAUUUUACAACCUGGCUGUUUAAGCAUUACAGCUGGUUGAAUAUUCAAAACAUUUGAAAAUUAGUUUUUCACAUAUUCUAGUAAACAUUUCUAGUUCUUGCUAUGUGACAAGUGUAAGGUUUAGCAUAAUGUUUACAGAUAUCUUUGUGAAUGCAGCUUUUUCAUCUGUAAACUUCUGCAUUAUGAACUGGCUGGUGUGGCAGUCACCAUAUAGUAUAACUGACAUCCAACUUCCACAGUAAAUUCAAAUAUAAAUCAGCAAAUGUAUUUCAGUAGUUUUGGGCACAAAAAAUAUUUUUAAGUUAUUUUCCUGAAGGAAUUGCCCUCAAUUACAAAACUCCUGUUAUCUGCACACACACAAAAAAUAAUGAAAUAAAAUAUAUGAUAAGAGAUAUGGUGGAAUGGCCUACCUAGCCAGGGAAAAAGGACAGGUGAUUUCAGUGGGACUACCUGGUUGAAUAAAUUGGAUGGAUGGAUUGAUGGAUUGAUUUGAGACAGUAAAAGUAAUUUGAUAGCAGUUCUACUAGUUCUACCAGGGCUUGUGUGGUGAUGAAAGCAAACUCACCAAUAAAUACACUUGCUACUUACAUGAAUGUGGACUUAUUCUUAAACACGAUGUCAGAAAGGUGCAUAUUCUUCAAGUCCUUGCAUGAAAAAAGUAUUUGAGAGAAAAUGUAACUGUAAGUGAUCCCAUCUGUGACUUUAGUGUGACUACAGUUACUAAUUAACUGUAUUAGUAACCGUUCAUCCAUUUGGAAUGUUACAUUAUAGGAGGGAAAAACUAGAUCAAUAUGAGAAUAUAUAUGUAUGCAGUGUACAGGGUUUGGACUGGAGUAGAGGUGUAUUUACAGUAUAUGCCACAAACACUGGCCCUCAUCAGAAAUGCUCUGUCUCAUUAUAUGAGGUUCCUCAGUUUGUAACUUCUCAAGGAAAAGUGCUCGAGGAGAUGGAGGGAUUUUCUCAUAUUCACAUUAUCAUAUUCGCAUUCAUGGAAUCCAGUGUUUUGCAUAGUGUGAAUGGAUUUAUGUUCACACUGUUAUCAAUGUCAGUUUUACACAAUAUUUAGAAAUGAAAAUAUUUGAAAUAAUAUGCAACCAAAAUCUCUAAGAACAAAAUCAGUAUUUUAAUGCUAUGAUUUUAAUCACAUGUAAAUUUGUGUUUUGUUGAGUGCUGUUCUUAGAGCCAUCUACUGAAAUAUUGAAAUAUAAUUGAAGAGAUAAGUGAACAAAUGUUUGCUUUUUUUAUCUGGUCUGUUUUUUAGUUUAGGAAUUAUCUGCCAGAUAAUUCAUCACUUGUCUGUUGAAAAGCUCCUUUAAUUAUGGGUAAUGUUCUUUUCCUUUUACCAUGAACUCGUGCUUACAACCUUUAAAUGUCUCUUUCUUUCUCUGUCUCUCUCUCUCUCUCUCUCUGUCUCUUUCUCUCUCUGUUUGUGUGUGUGUGUGCAUGUGUGUUUUUAAUUGUUUUUAUGGAUAUUUUAUUUACUAUGCCUGUGGUUUCCAGGCUGUGUAAUCACUAAUGCAGCACCUUGCUCGUUACUGUAUCUUUCUCACAGAUCAUUAUACUGAAUGUUGAUUUUUAAUUUUUUUUUCUUGUCUAUUAAAGAAAAGAAUGACAUCAUUGGGAACUGAACUGGCUCAGUGAAAACUGAGCUGGUUCAGUGGGAAUUGAACUGUCUCAACUAAAACUGAACUGGUUCAAUGGGAACGGGCUUAGCUGAAACUGAACUGGUUCAAUGGGAAUUGAACUGGCUUAGCUGAAACUGAACUGGCUACUGAUCUACUGAAACUAAAAGUUGCAACAUACUGUUACAUUGCGUUAUGAAAACUUACAAGUUGUUAUUGAGUGGUUCUUUUUUCGGGCUGUUGGCUGAUGUCUUCUAAAGGUUGCUGUAAUUACGCCUUAUUAUUGUUUUAUUUGUUGUUGUUUGUUUAUGCUAAUUGUCAGUGUACUAUUAAUUUGAAUAUAACUUUUGGUAGUGCUGAUAAUCAUCAUUUAGUCAUAACAGGAGUAUUUUGGGGGGUCGGGAGUAUGCUGACUUCCUUCCCUUAAAUUUAAAGGUCCCUUUUAAACAUUUGACAGACAUAUAAGACAUAUAAGACAGUGGAAUAUGUAAGACUGGAGUGGUAAUAGUGGUUGAGUUCAAGUUGUUGGCAAGUGGUAGAUUUUACUACACUUGCUGAUACAUGUUUCUGUAGUUAUUAAACAACUGGACAACACACACUGUGUAUACAGCACAGGUCUGUUUUAUAGUGUAUUUGUAUUUAUUUAUGAUGGACCCCAAAUGCACUCUGUUACCUGGCAUGGACAGUAAGGGUGUGUGAGGAGGGAGUGAUGUCACCCCUUACCUCUACAAUGGAAGACACUCACCUGUACUGCCCUCUUCAAUAAACACCCAUUACUUCUUAAGGUCCCAUUUCUGUACUGAAUAAAUAUUCUACAUUUCUUAA